AUCAUCUUACUUCUAUAAAUAUGGUGGCCCUGACAUUCCUCUACUGCUGCUUAAAAUAUUCACAAUGUCCCUAGAAACCCAAACUUACCCUGACAUAUGGAAGACAACAUUCAUUAUGCCUAAACACAAAUCUGGCUCGAAAACUGAAGUCAGUAACUACCGGCCAAUCAAUAUCACACCUAUAGCAUCUAGAAUCAUGGAGAGACUAGUCAAAGAUAACUUAAUCAAACAUAUGCUUAGCUGCAACAUCAUAAGUCCGAACCAACAUGGAUUCCUGAAAUCCAGAUCAUGUUUAACAUGUCACCUAGACUUCUUCAAUUUUGUAACCAGCAGUCGUGACAGACGGCAACUAGUACUUGUCAUCUACUUUGACAUUUCUAAGGCAUUUGACCGUGUUGACCAUUUACUGCUAACAAAUAAACUGAACUCCUUAGGAAUACGUGACCCAUUAUUAGGAUGGCUUAAAUCAUUCCUUAACAAUAGGUCCCAAAUAGUUAAACUCGGGUCUGCAACCUCCAAACCUAGCCCUAUCACUUCUGGUGUAGUACAAGGUAGUGUCAUUGGACCCCUCCUAUUUACACUAUACAUCAAUGACAUAUGCGCUUGCUUCACGCACGGGAAACCAUUCAUCUUUGCAGAUGACCUAAAAGUAGCUUAUACAUUCCAACGUGAUGACUUAGGGAACUUCGAGAAUGUAGUACAGAAGGAAUUAGAUAAAAUGGCUGCUUGGUCGUCCCUAUGGAAUCUCCAAUUUAAUCUGAACAAAUGUGGCUGGAUCUGCUUCGGUGCAC